GCAACAUUGUUUUUUGGUAGUUUACAAAUAAAAUGGCCGAUAUGUGAGGCUAGUUUGUAUGGACAAUAAAAUAUGCAAUUAUGUAAAAUUAAUGACCGUCGGCCGUGCGUACGUCCAAGUGAAAAGGUAGUCCCGUGAGCGGGAAAGGCGGAAAAAGUGCGCGGAGCCGGAGUGAGAGUGUGGGAGCGCCCGUGAAGCGGGAGGAAGGUGGAGGUUGUCUUUCAAGACAACCGUGGUGGACGCCGCGCGUUCGGGGCUUCAAAAGACCGAAACGAGGAAAUCUCACUUAUGGUCCCCAAUACAUAGAAGAGAGUCUGGCGAUGUGGAUUUUUCUAUUGGUGUAGAGUGCGGCGCGGCAACGAUACGAAAGAUACGCGGCCGAGCGAGAUCGGCGGAUCGGUGUUUCGAAAGGGAGAAGAAAAGGAAAGCGCAGCUUGCGGAGCGGAGCGGGGCGCCUCUCGCAGUCCGAACAGUCCGAACGUGUCCGCGCUUCCGAUAUUUCCGGUACUCGUGUAUAAGCGGCUCGCGCGCGUGGUACAGUCCCGUCUCCCGACACGUCCCGAGAUCGUUCUCGGGACCUCGGGAGCGCACACCGACCGUGUGCUGACCGUGUACCACGCUUUCGCUGUUCCGGCGCGGGCGGAACAUUAUUGUUUUGUCAGAUUAACCACUUUGCCCCGCUCCGCAUGUAGCCGGGACUAGCCGGCGGGGGGGGAGGUGGACUAGUGCGCGUGUAACAACCCGAGUCCUGUCGCCGCUCUCGGUGAACCCAGAUAUGACACCCGUCUCUUAUCCCGAAGGCCGAGAUACUGGAGCGUGACGGGUACGUUUAUUUAGAACCUCUCAAAAUAUUUCCCACGGAUCAGUUUGUUAUAGUGGAGAGGGCUGGCGCGGAAGAUGCAUUGACGGACUCGGAGGAACGCACGAGUGCCGCCACCGCUGCCGCCGCCGCUGCCGCGUCCGCGUCCAGCCAGACCAAUCCAUCUGUCGGAAGCCUGACGAAUAUGUGUACCACUCCUGGGAAUGCUGGUGCAGGAUUCGGGUAUGCUUGGUCCUUCGGUGGGCCAGGGACAGAAACCCGGGAGAACGCACAGAGCGAGCUCGCCACCAACAUCAGUUACGCCGUCAACAAUAACCAGGAUCAAGGAUCCAGCCAGAAGAUCCAGGUCGACAUCAAGCCGGCCAAGGUUGCCGCUACCACUCAUCGACGUCCGAUGUUUGCGAUGAACGAAAGUUGUCAGCAAACACCUACUACGCAUCAUGGCCAUACGGGAGGCGGAGCGCAUAAUCAAACCACUCACGGCACUCACGUUCGUACUAAAAAGCAUCACGAUGUAUUUUCAUUAACGUGUGACAAAGGGGGAUGUAACUGUGACGCGGCACAUCCUACGCCCCCACCUUCCCUAUUCUCAAAUACCUUAGUUUUUACAACAGCCGACAAGCACGCCAUGAGCAAGCACUUCAUGACACCAAUCGGACCAUUGCAGCUUACGGCGGAAGAGUGCAAUGAGAUCUUGAUGAAGAGAGCCGCCGCCGCGUCGAAUCAAGCCAACGCCGCAGCUAAUAACGUUGCGACCAGCCAGACGGACAACGCCGCCCAUUUCGGCCACGUUUUGACCCAUGUCAACGCGACGCAAAUCGAGACCAAGGUCAAGCAGCAACAGGAUAUGGGAAGCCAGGUCCGGGUGCCGAAGGAACGACCUUACUCUUGUUCCGAAUGCGGAAAAUCCUUCCUCCUCAAGCAUCAUCUUACGACACAUGCCAGAGUACACACUGGAGAACGACCACACAUUUGCAUUCACUGCGGCAAGAGUUUUGCGCACAAACAUUGUCUUCACACGCACUUGCUACUACAUAGCGCCGAAAGACCGUACCAAUGUCGCGAAUGUAAAAAAUCUUUUACCUUGAAACAUCAUCUUGUAACGCAUACCCGCGUCCACACGCGGGAACGGCCGUUCGUCUGUCAAGAAUGUGGGAGAGCCUUUCCUCUGAAACGUCACUUGGUCACGCACAGUAAAUUCCAUUCGGGAGAGAGACCUUACGUUUGCGAAGAGUGCGGAGAGUCGUUUUCCCAAAAGGAUCAUCUUACGAUGCAUUCACGCUUCCAUGGCAGUCUACAUCCAUUCGUUUGCCACGAUUGCGGUGCUACUUUUCAGAGGAAGUUUGAGCUAGUUAAUCACGGUCGACUACAUGGCAGAGUUCCACACGCGUGUUCCGUUUGUGGAAAGGAAUUUUUGCAGAAGAGAACACUUUUAGCUCAUAUGCGUUUACAUACAGGUGAAACGCCUUUCGCCUGUACCGUUUGCGGAGAAGCAUUCCCUCGGAAAGCAGAUCUGGUCGCUCAUUCUAAGAUCCACAAUAAUAACGCAAAUUCUGAUGAAAAGUCCCUUACGUGCAGAGAAUGUGGGCUAGACUUUCCAAAUCGAGAAGCACUAAAUUUGCAUCAAAGGUUACAUACUGGUGAUCGAACACUUGUAACAGACCUUUGUGGAUUAGCAGCCGCUUUUCAGCAAACUCCAGCACAUUUCCUUACUCCAAACACCCCAGGGACACAUCAGAUGAACGGACCAAUAGGAACGCCUGGUGUUAGCCAUAUGCAUGGCGCGACGCAAACAUCGCCACCGGUAGGUUCAGGUCCAAAACCUAAGCCACACAUUUGUCCUGAUUGUGGCCGCGGUUUCGCACAAAAACACGGCUUGUCGCAGCAUCAACGACGUCACACAGAUGGUAGUUGUCACAUACGAUCACACGUAUGUGACAAAUGCGGCAAAGCUUUCUUCCAGAAAAAUCAUUUGUUACUACAUCAACGUCAGCAUAUGGAUCCGCCACCAAGUAUACUUAGACAACAACAGAGACAAGCUGCCCAAGCUGCGGCUCAGCAAGCGCAGCAACAGCAACAGCAGCAAGCGCAACAGCAGCAGCAAGUUCAACAGCAACAACAGCAAGUGCAGCAACAAGUGCAGCAACAACAACAACAACAGCCACAGCAACAACAACAGCCGUGUACUGUCGACACGAAAACAAUUCAAUUACAGGCAAUACAGCAGCAGGUACAGCAACAAGUGCAACAACAGGUGCAACAACAACAGCAGCAGCAGCAGCAACAACAACAGCAGCAACAACAACAACAGACACAGCAACAGCAAGCAUGUUCCGUGGACGCUAAAGCAAUACAAUUGAACGUCACCAUGUGAGACGGUAUAAAGAUGAGGGACUGGAGAGUCCUUGAAACCAUAGCACUCCCAAAUGCGCACCCUGCUGCCACCCUCUGCACGCACUUGUACUAACAAUAUACGUUAGAUCUAUAUUUAUUAUCUCUAGAUUCAAAAAUAAUAAUCAAUUUUAUUACAAGAAUAGGAAUAUACAAAGAAUAUACAUAUAUACAUUAUAUUCUAAUUAAUAUAAGGCUUGUAACAAGAAAAUAAAAAUAACCAUAUAUUAGUGUUUUACAUAUACUUUAUAAAUAUACAAAUAUAAAAAUAUAUAUAAAUAUAUAAAUAUAAAUAUAUAUAAAUAUAUAUAUAUAUAUACUUUAGACAUGUAAAAUGAGACUAAACUUAGUUGCCUUAACGAGAAGAAGAAUUUUAAUGAACAUAUUAAUUAUUACGUUUGGUGAUUUUUUCAUUUACUUUUAUUUAGUAGGACAUCACUUUAUAAGAAAACACAUAUUGAAUAAAUCGAGAUAUAAAAAAAAAUAAGUUCGCCGUGUAUCGCUGCUUUGUUGUUAUCCUUUUCAAUGUAUUUGUGCGAUGGUAAUUGAAAGGAGAUAAUCAAUGUGUCAACGGUAAGAAACAGUAACAGAAAGAAGGGGGAGAUUUUGUAAACGGUUUUGGCGAAGAGAAAGAGGGUGGCAGACAUUGCGCAUUUAUGAAGCAUUUUUAAAGCUUAGAUCUAUACAAGAUAGCAUUUUAGUCCCGCGCAAUUUAUAUUUUUACGUUAAAUGAUACGAGCGAAUCGCUCAUGAAAUUUUAGAAAUACGUAAGAAUCCCGGUUUUAUAAGAUCCAAAUAUCAAUAAAUGGAUGUAAAUGUUUUCGUGAGGAAUUAACGCGAUGUAUGGACGCCACAUAUGAACUUGAAACGUUAUACGUGAAAAUUAAUGCAUAUAUGUUUUAUAUCGGUAAAAUUACAACAAGUUACAAGAUUGAUACAUGUAUUCUAUGUACAUGUAUUAAUCUUCCUAUACGUGCACACUUCGCGUUUAAAAUUCCAAGAAGCCCUUUCACGUGCUUAAUUAUUUUUCUUCUUUAAAAUAUUUUCUCCGUGAUAACAAGGUGCGCGUCGCGUGCAGCAGUUACAUAUGAGAUUGCAUAGCGGGCUCUUCUAGUGAAACAAACAAAUUUAAUUUUUGUCAGCAAGAGUAUAUUAACUAAUAGUAUAGCUAGAAAAUCGGAAGAAAUACGAAUAAAGGUUUCCUACAUAGUUUUAA